AUGUUAUCAAAGGAUCUAGCAAAGCACAAACCAGGGGACACUCAUGGGGACAGCAGACACAGAGCAGGAGUAGUCAUUUUAAUUUUCAUCAUCAUUGGCAUCAUGAUGCUCAUUGGCACGCUCUACUUCCUCCGCAAGAAAGGGAGAAGCUACUCCUUUGACCUGGCCCACCCAAGCGAUCAUGAGACUCCUCUUAGGAGCAUGGAGCAGGAGGGAACCUUUGAACAGACAAACAAAGAAACACCUGUAAGCUUGGACUAUGAACAGGAGGACAAAGUCAACCACACAGACAACUCAGUAGUGAAUGGGGUUGCAGCUGAGUUGAGUGAAAAAACACCAGAUGACAAAAUUGACUCCUCCUCAGAAGAGCAGAAUGUUGCAGAGGAGAACAGUUUUAGCUCUGAGUCCAGUCUGACUACACCCAUAAAGAAGGUUGAGUUUAACCUGGACCUGGACCUGGGCAGCGAUAAAUCCAGUGUGACAACCCCAACCACCACUGAGUCUCAGGAUGGCCAACACAAUGAGAACAACAAUAACGUCACUCUAAUUGCCACAACAGCUGCUGGUCCCCUGGGAAUCUGUUCCUCCUCGGUGGAUGCUACAUUCCAUGAUUCUGUUCUACAGUAUCAGCAGAGGCAAAGGCCUGACAUAGAAUCUAUUGUUUUGGCCAAACAAGAAGUCACAGUGCCACACGGGUCCUCUGUUUUCCUGGACCCUUAUACCCAUCUUUCCAUCCGGGUUCUGCCAGAAGAUCGGUGCCGCAUAACUGUUCUGGACCAUGAGCUCCUCACUCAGAGGUUUGGAAUGCUCACCCCUAAGAAAUUCUCUUGCACUUUCACAAAAGGAGAGGUAAAGUACACUCACUUUGGCUCACAGACCAAUGGAAGGGACCAGGUGCGACUGCAACUGAGGUAUGAUUCCCAAACCAACACCAUCAUCAUCCCACUCACUGUAAAUGUGCAUGUGACCUCAAACAUACAUGCAAUGGUGAAGCUAAACCAGCCUUUGGUUGUACAUAAGGAGAAUGGCUACAGCAACUCAAUUGAUGGGCAGGGCCUGACCUUGACAUUUGGUGGAAAACACUCAAACUGCCUUCUGAAACCUUUAGUAGGUAUAGGUGGCUUGCCAAGGUAUGGAUCUUUGGUAAACUAUAUCUCUAAUGGACAAUCAAUCAAUUGUAAUGCAUUCUUUAGCCUCGGCGUUCGCUAUAAGCUGAAUUUGCCUGAGAGCUUGCCUAGAGUAGACUUCAUCCCAAUGCUUGUUGAACAACUUGACGUGCAUGGCAGGAAGCUGCGACAGGAGCACUUUCAAAUCAAAGUGAUCAUAAAUGGAGCUGGUGAGAACAGUCCCCCCAGACCCAGCUUUAUUGCACUGAUGAUGAUGGAAGUAAGCCAGUUUGUGCUGACAGCAAUUACAAGUGACAUGCUGGCAGCUGAGGACCUGGAAUCUGACCCGGAGGAUUUGAUUUUCAACGUGCUCUCCCCUCCAGAGCAGGGCUUCAUCAUUAGCACAGAUGACCAAAACCAGCCUAUUAAUUCCUUCUGUCAGAAAGCCCUAAAAGAUCUGAAAAUUGCAUACAAGCCCCCUGCAGACGACUCGGAAUCUGAGAGGAUCUUCCACGCUGAGUUUGAGGUUGUGGAUGUAGAGGGCUCAUCCUCAGACCGUUUCUCAUUUAUGAUUGUGGUUAAACCCAUGAACACACUAGCUCCUGUUGUGACUUUAAAUUCUGGUCAGAUUUUGUUCGAAGGUCAGUCCAGACCCAUAUCCAGUACUCUGAACUUGCGCAUUAGCGAUGAGGAUAACCUCGCAGAUGUGAAGAUCUCCGUAGUCCGUGGCUUGCAUCAUGGAAUCCUCACAGUCCUUGGAUCACAGCGGAAGUUCUUCACUCCAGAUGAUCUGGCAGCAGGGGUUGUCAUGUAUGAGCAUGAUGGCAGUGAGACAUGCAAUGACAACCUUGUGUUUCGUAUGACUGAUGGGACCAGCCAGAUUGAGUUUUUGUUUCCUGUUACCAUUGUGCCACUAGAUAACAAGCCUCCUGUUGUCAAUGUCAAUACAGGAUUGGUUCUUGUCAAGGGUGAGAUCAGACAAAUUACACCUAUGAUAUUAAGUGCAACAGACAUGGACUCUGAAGAUAGAAGUCUAAAGUUCAGUCUGGUGUCUCCAUAUUCCUCCGUAGGACAGCUGCUGUUUAGACAAGCAGAAACCCCUGCAGACCCCUCUUUGUGGAUCAUCAGUGAAGUCGAUCACAUGUUUGAGAGAGUUGUUACCACAUGGUACCUAAGUGACAUCAUGGAGGGAAAGCUUUUUUAUCGCUAUGUGGGGCCACAUUUUACAACUGCAAUAACAGAUCAGUUUGUCUUCCUUGUCCAAGACGACAGCGAACCCCCAAACUAUUCAAAAGAACAGACUUUCAUAAUAAAAAUACACCCAUUGGAUGAUCUACCCCCCAAGCUUCACCCUGGGACCACUCUACAGAUCAGUGUGAAGGAGUGUGAACUGACGGUCAUCCGUAAAGACACACUACGCUUUAAAGAUCUGAACUCUGUUGACAAAGAUCUCCAUUACACUAUCAUUUUCCCACCUGCCAAUGGCAACAUUGUUUUGACUGAUAGCCCUAACACAAUCCUUAAAGAAUUCACACAAGCACAAAUAAACCAUGGCAAAGUGGCAUAUAAGCCACCCAGUGAGGAAUUAGGCAUCUUACCAAAAGUGGUCCAAUUUGCUUUUAGAGUUAGAGAUGCCGCAGGUAAUUCUGCCGAUGGCCUCUUCACGAUUCUCCUUCAACCUGUCAACAACAAAGCUCCACAGAUCGCCAACCGAGGGUUCAGUGUGAUGAGAAACAGCUCUUACAUUAUCACUAAAACUCUGCUGGAUGUUACAGAUCAAGACACAGCAGAUGACAACAUAGUAUUUACAGUGAAACAGGUCCCUGAUCAUGGACUAUUAAAGUGUGGAAGAGUCAACUUGUUAGUUGGAAAAACCUUCAGUCUCAAAGAUAUAGAGAAUGGUUUGCUCAUGUACAUUCAUAAUGGAGUUGGAGGAUCAUUGCACGACACCAUUAAAUUAGAGAUAAGUGAUGGCAGACAUCAUGUUCCGUUUGCCAUUAGGAUCAGCAUUAGUCCUGCCAGUGCUGUGACCCCAGCAGUGACCCUGCCUCCCAGCCUGCUAGAUAUUGUUAUUGAAGUGAAGGAGAACGGUGAGACCAAGAUAAUCAGCAACAGAACCAAAGACAGAGGACUGCAAACAGAAGAUGUUAGACUGGUUCUGACUGUAGACUCUCCACCAAGGUUUGGUGUGAUCCAGGUAAAUGGAGUCCUGUCCAGAACAUUUACACUAUAUGACUUAAACAGUGGAGCUGUUUCCUAUGUCCACACAGCUGGGGAGGUAGGACAAAUCAGAAAAGAUGACUUCUUCAACCUUACUGUUUCUGGAAAAUGGAUUAUUCAAGGCAAUGUCAUCCAAAAGGUCAGAGUUCAUGUCCCUGUGCUUCCAGUGGACAACAUUCAACCAGUGAUCCACAUUGUGCAGCAAUUCACUGUAAUAGAGGGAAGUGAGAACAUCAUCAGCUCAGACUUUAUCCAAGCUCAGGAUAUGGAUUCCGAGGUUGAUAACAUUCUCUGCAACGUCUUAGCACAGCCUUCAUUUGGUUAUUUAGAAAAUGUGUCUCCUUCACCUGGUUCAGAAAAAUCCAGAUCAGGCGUAGCAAUAACAGGUUUUAGCAUUAAAGAUAUCCGUCUCAGGCAUAUCCAAUAUGUGCAAAGUGUCCAUGAGGGAACAGAGCCAGUAGAAGACAGGCUUACCUUUCAGUGCACUGAUGGGACAAACCUCUCAGAGAUGCUCAUCUUUCCCAUAGUAAUCAUCCCAGCCAAUGAGGAAAAACCCAGCCUCUUCAUCCGAGAAUUUGUGGUUAUGGAAGGCAUGAGUCUGACAUUCGACAUUCCCAUUCUGAAUGCAGUGGAUACCGAUGUCCCCAAAGAUAGCUUGGAAUUUGAGAUUGUUAAUACUCCAAAACAUGGAAAGAUUGUACAGCAUUCCAUCACUGGAACUGUGCCCGUUGUAAAAUUCUCCUUGGAGCAAAUUGAAACAGGGUCCAGAAUUGUGUACGAGCAUGAUGGAUCAGAGACAAGGAAUGACACCUUUACAAUCAGGUUGACGGAUGGAAGGCACAUGGUAGAGAAGCAGGUCAUCAUUUUGAUACUGCCUGUUGAUGAUGAGACACCUAGACUGGCUAUAAACAGUGGACUGGAGGUAAAAAUUGGAGAGACUGCCACCAUCACCAACAGGUUGCUCAAAGCCACAGAUCUGGACUCAGAAGAUAAGAAUCUGACAUUUGUCAUCCGCCAGGGGCCAGUGCAUGGGCUCAUUCAGCAUCUCAGCAGAACUAAAGAUUUUGUUUUAAAUUUAACAGUUGGCAUGCGCUUUACUCAGGAUGAAAUUGAUAAAGGGCUAAUCCAGUACACUCAUACAGGACAAGGAGGUGUUCGUGACCUUGUUAAGUUUGAUGUCACGGAUGGUAUUAAUCCGCUCAUAGACCGGUACUUCUACAUCACAGUGGGAGCAGUGGACACAGUAUUCCCCGUGGUCAUUAAUAAAGGUGUAACCCUGACUGAGGGAGGCAGGGUCACACUCACUACAGAUCUCCUCAGCAGCUCUGACCUCAACAGCCCAGAUGAACAUUUACACUAUACCAUUACUCGCCCCCCGACCCAUGGACGUCUUGAGUGCACAGACCUGCCUGGCAUUUCUGUCUCAACCUUCACACAGCUACAGCUGGCUGGCAGUAAGAUUCGUUACAUCCACACCUCCUUGGAUGAGGCCCGAAUGGACAGUUUCGAGUUCCAGGUGACAGAUGGCCAGAAUAUGGUGUUUCGUACUUUUCGUGUGUCAAUCACAGACAUAGAUAAUAAGCGGCCAGUUCUGAGCGUGCACGGGUUGAUUGUUGGGCAAGGCAAGUUGCGGUGCAUCACGCCUUUUGAGCUGAGUGUGGAGGAUCAGGACACUCCUGAUCACAAGUUACACUUUAUCAUCACACAUGUCCCCAGCCAUGGAAGAAUACUCUACAAUGGUACACGUUCUGUUAUGAACUUCACCAAGGAGGAUCUUAGUGAGAAUCUAAUCACCUACAAACAUGAUGGCACAGAGAGUGAAGAAGACAGCAUCAUGUUCACUGUUACAGAUGGCACCAAUUCAGGAUUCUUUGUGUUCCCUGAAAUGGAACGUGAAACUACCCAGCCACAGGUCCUCAAGAUCAAGAUAACUGGGGACUUGUACAGUGCUCCAAGGGUGGUGAUAAGCCGCCCAGCACUUUCGCUCACAUUGCUCCCCACAGGACAGUGGGGGUUCAAAUUUAGUAGCAAAGUGCUGAAAACAAAAACAAAAAAACAAAAACAGGGAAAAGAUGUACCCAGUGUGGAUCUUAUAUAUAGGGUGACAGAGCUGCCAAAAUAUGGAUUCAUAAGACACACAGAAAAACAGAGCAACAGCAGUAUUUUCACUCAGGCUGAUAUUGAUGAUAUGAAGAUCUGCUACAUUCUUUUUGAUGGGGUCAAUGCCAGCAGUGACGUCUUUUACUUCACAGUAGAGGACAGAGGUGGAAAUCAGCUGCAACCACAGUCAUUCUGGCUCAAGUGGGCUUGGGUGUCUCUGGAAAGGCAGUUUUACCAAGUACAGGAAGAAGUCCACACACUUGAGGUCACUCUACAACGCAGAGGAUAUCUAGGAGAAACUUCAUUUGUCAGUAUCAGUACAAAGGAUGGUACAGCUGUGCAUGGUCAGGAUUUCCAUGGCAACAUUCAGCGACAAGUCCAGUUUAACCCAGGUCAGACACGUGCCACCUGGCGACUCCGUAUCAUUGAUGACCAGCUGUAUGAAUCAUCUGAGAGCUUUCAGAUUGUUCUCUCUGAACCUGUUAUGACCCUGAUAGAGCAACCGAGUACUGCCACUGUGGAGAUCACAGACCCUCAGGAUGAGUGUACAGUGUUUUUCUCCCAGACAGAGAUAAGGGUAGAGGAGGAUGUGGGUGAGUUACUGAUUCCAGUGCAGCGCAGUGGAGACAUCAGUCUGGAACUCAUGGUCAUCUGUUACACACAACAAGGCAGUGCUAAAGGAACUACUCCUGGGUCGGUUCUGUCCUUCUCUGAUUACAUCACAUGCCCUGAGGACCACAGCAGCAUUCUGCGCUUUGAGCCAGGGGACAAGGAGAAGACAUGCCGUGUGAUCAUCAUAGAUGACGCCCUGUAUGAAAGAGCUGAGAGUUUUAAUGUUUCUCUGACCUCAGCCAUGGGUGGACGUGUGAAGGAGGGGCAUCACACCACAAGUGUAAUCAUUCUUCCUCAUCAUGAUGAUGAGCCUUAUAUAUUCCUCAGGCAGAGUGAGUAUGAGGUUGAGGAGAGUGCUGGUUUUGUAGAGCUGCAGGUGUGCAGGGCAGGAUCAGAUCUCUCACAGCCAGCAACUGUCACCAUCACUACCAGAUCAACAACGCCUGCAUCUGCACAGGCUGGUGUGGACUAUGUAGCCAUUGGGAAAAACGUUGAUUUUGCGUCGGGUGAGGCAAUGGUAACGGUGAGGGUGCUGAUUCUGGAUGACAUGGGUGGGCCAGUGCUGGAAGGACCAGAACAAUUUGAGUUAUUUCUGAGCAUGCCCACCAAUGCCUCACUGGGACAGCCAAUCAGAGCCAUCAUUACUAUCCAUGACUCCCAGAGUGACGUGCCCACUGUGCAGUUUGAAUUCUCUGAGUACAGUGUGCGUGAGGCGGACGGACGUGCGGUUGCCGUAGUGAUCCGCAGCGGUGACCUAACUCAGAUUUCAGAGGUCCGAUGUUACACUCGUCAAAGUUCUGCUCAGGUGAUGAUGGACUAUGAAGAGCGGCCUGAUACAGAUCUGUCAGUUAUAACCUUUCAGCCAGGAGAGCGUGAAAAAACAUGCGAGGUCACAAUAGUGGAUGACUCGGAAUAUGAAGAGGAGGAGGAGUUUCGCCUUGUGCUCGGAAUGCCCAGCAGCCAAUCAGCAGUGUUGUUUUCACUGGGGAAACAGAGAGAGACACUGGUGAAGAUAAAAGAUGAAGAAGACAAACCCAUAAUCCGUUUCUCUGAGACACGGUUCUUUGUGCGGGAGCCCCCUGGUGCUGGGGAGAGUGUGGCAGUGAGGAUCCAAGUACAGCGCCUAGGUGACUGUUCCAAAGUGUCUGUAGUCCGUGUACACACACGAGACGGAUCAGCCACUGCUGGAGAAGAUUACAGACCUCUGUCUGUGGAGCUCCAGUUUGACCAGGGUCAGUCGCUGCAUUUCGUUGAAGUAUUAAUACUGCACGACACUGAGAGAGAAACUAGAGAGACAUUCACUGUGCACCUCAAACCUGAUGACAACAUGGUGGCAGAAAUACAGGUGACCAAGGCCAUGGUGUUUAUUGAAGAAAGUGGAUCCACUGGGGUUGUGACCUUCCCUGCAGUGCCUCAAGUUAUAUCAAUACUUGUUUACGAAGACAACGAACAAACCACAUCCUACAAUCCACCUCCUCCCUCUGGGUAUCCGCUUGUGUGUGUGACUGCAUGUGACAGGCGUCACUCUGAAUUCUCUACUCUAGAGUCUGUGUGUGUCUCUGAGGGGUUGAAUGACUCGCUGUCAGAGUUCCGUUGGUUCCUUGGGCCCCCACGAGGUCCUGACGGCUCCGCAGGCCCCAUGAGGGAGCUGGAGGCUGGUGUUUUCUUCGCCCCCUCUCACGGGCGCUUGCUGGAUGGGGUGUAUUUCCGAGGAGGGUGGAGGGUCCAGUGUGCAGCACGAGCAGUCAGCGUGAGCGGCCAGACAGGACUGGAGCUCAGCAGUAACAUAGUGGAUAUUAGCACCACGGAGGGUAUGUGUCAGCCUCAUGCCCCCAAUGUGGUGGGGACGGAACCCUUCACAGCUAAAAUCCGAUACACGGGUUCUGAUGACCAUGUUUAUCCCAACCUCAUCUCACUGACCGUAACCAUGCCUCAUGUUGACGGCAUGCUGCCUCUAAUCUCCACACGUCCUUUGUCAGACUGGUCUCUGACUCUGACCGCAGACAUCUCUCGUGUGGGGAACCACCGCUGUUCCAAUUUGUUAGAUGGGCAUGAAGUCACCACAAACCACGGUUUUGUCUCCCAUAACCCUGACCUCAGCUCUGCCCAUGGUUCACACUACCCCCUCUGGAGCCCAAGUGCCCUUCGUUUCUAUAGCAACCUUGACUUAGAAGCCUGUCUCUGGACGUUCCGCGGUUAUUUUGGCAUGUCUGAGUUGCUCAGCGAAUGCGGAGGGACGGUCAGCACAGACAGACAGGUGCUGAAUCUUGUGCAGUCGUUCGUGUCUCUGCGGCUGCCGCUCUAUGUUUCGUACCUGUUCCACGCCCCGUCGGGCUGGCUGAACUUUGACCUUCAGACGGAGUUACGACUAACCUUCGUCUAUGACACAUCGAUCCUGUGGCAAAAAGGCAUCUCUAGCCCUCAAGAGACUGAGCUACAGGGUUCCCUGUAUCCCACAAGUAUGAGGAUAAAUGGAGAAGGUCUUCUGGUGGUGACUUUCAGGACACAGACUCAUUUCCGAGGCCAGUUUGUCUUGUCACAUCAAGGGUCCUCUACGCUGUCUGUAGUGAGGUGUGUGGAUCAGCCUGCCCUGGCUUUUACUCUGUCUUUGCUCAGUAGUGAGUCCACCUAUGACCAGCCGACACAGACCUGGAUCUUCACCUCACAACGCUCUGUACGUGAUUAUUCAGGUUCCUACAGUGUGAGUUUGGUCCCAUGUGUUGCUCCACUCACAGUUGCCUACACCCACACUCCUGUUUGCAACCCCAAACAGCCACUCACAUUCAGCAUGGACGUCCGUUUUCAGCAGGUGAGUGACUCUGUGCCAGUGGAGUUUACUCUCAACACACUGUUCUUUCUGCUGUCUAAACGUGAGCUUUGGCUCUCAGAUGGCUCUAUGGGUUUUGGUGAAGGUGCUGAUGUUGUCUUCUCAGAGGGGUCUCAGAUUUUUGGACGCAUAAUGGUGGAUCCAGUACAGAAUAUGGGAGACUCAUUUGUGUGUUAUGUUGAAAAGGUGUUCCUCUGUGUUGGUGCCGAUGGUUACAUUCCUAAAUACCAGCCGGCCAACAGAGAAUAUGGCUGCCUGGUGGAUACCCCAGCUCUUAUCUACAGGUUUAAAAUACUGGACAAAGCCUCACCAGAGACACAGACCUUGAUGUUUGGUGAGGUUCCAUUUGAAGCCCGAUUGGCUGAGAACACCCCAGGGGCAGGGCCUCUGGUUAGACAGGCAGGUUCUGAUGGUUUUAGCCUAUCGGUUGCUCCACUCUUCCAGGUGGCUGCUGGAAGACAGUGGUACAUUCAUGUUAUCUACACUGUGCGUUCGAGAGCAAGAGAUAAAAAGCGCCACACAAGGAGUCUGGACCCCCAUAACACUCAUAAAAACCAUGGCUUAAACAACAACCACGUGCAUCACAGUAUAAUCACUCACAACACAACAAAAACAGCGAACCUGGACUCUGUGACUCUGCCCCCUGCUGUCAUGUCUCGAGGCCAUAGAGCAACCGCAGAUGAGGACAGGAACAUUGGCCAAGACAGUGACCGUGGCACUAAUCUCCAGCACAUCAGCCUUCAGUACCCUCCCAGUGCUCUGAGACAGCCAGGCAAGGAGGCCUCCAGCAUGGGCACAAACAGACAGGAAGAUGGGCCCUCUCUUGGAGGAGAGUCUGAGACUAAGACUGCACAAAUGACGCUCCCAUUAGCCAUGUUAGUGUUAAUUACUAUAAUUUCCCUCAGUGGAGUCACACUCUUUAUCCUCUUCUCUAAAUACUGUAGAAAACAUCACGCAGUGAGGCAUAAAAAUUCUCAGCCAUCGCACGUUUACUCCAGUGAGGGGCAGUGUCCGCAUUCUGCCCGUGGGCGUAGGGGCGGGAACAACGGUCGAUACAGAGACAGAGAGGACUGUGGGAGUUCAGAGGUGUGA